AUGAGUGUGCACCUUCUGGUCCUAUGUCUGGCUUUGCUGCAGCAGGGGGGAAGAGCCAGGCCAGACCCUCCAGGCUGCAAUAGCCCUGAAGUGGUGAGGGUGGCGGAAGAGGCCCUGGAGCAGAUCAACCAAGACCGGACGGAUGGAUACAUCCUGACCCUCAACAGACUGUACGACCUGUCUCACGCUCAUGGAAAGGAGACAGGUGGGUCAUUCUACAAACUGACCAUUGAUGUCAUGGAGACCAUAUGCCACAUCACCAGCAGGAAACCAUGGAAACAAUGCGAAGUCCGAGAUAUUAGUGAUGUCCCAGUGUACGGAGAGUGUGAGGUGUCGGCCUCUGUUGACUCUCAAGUCAAACUUCUCAGCUACUCCUGUGCACUUCGUGAAGUUCCUGCUACUGCAGUGGUGGAUGUGUGUCCAGACUGUCCCACAGCUGAGAACCUCGAAGAGCCCGUCGUCAAGGAGACGGCCAACCUCUCACUACAGAGGUUCAACGAAGAGAGCCGCCUGGCCAACUACUUUACUCUGGAGAACGUGACGAGAGCCAGUUCACAGUGGGUCAAUGGUCCAUCCUACUUCGUGGAGUUCACCAUCCUGGAGACGGUGUGUUUAAGGACCACAGAGGCCAGUGAGCUGAGCAGCUGCCCACCUAUGGACUGUCCGUUUGCUCAUAGAGGCUUCUGUCUGGGCUCGCACGUGGCCCACGAGGACCCGUUUGAAUACCGACUGCCUGUCGGAAAGAAGGGCAGCUCACUCCGGAACCGGAAGCCUGUCGAUGUGAAGUGUGAGAUCUACGAACCACAGGCUGCCGCUGUGGAGAAGCAGGCCCAUGCGAAAGCGGACAGCGGACACACUGGGCAUCAGCACCACAACCACACACACUUGCACCCGCACGAGCACACGCACUCUGUCACGCCCGGCGCCGACCUCGCGGUCUCGGAGUCCCGGGGGGCCCUCGGGAUUGUGGUGGAGCGGGCCGCCCCGCUCCGAUCCUCCCCGUCAGCGAGCGCCUGCCCCGGCCAACGCAGGCACAGGCUGGGCUUGGACAGACUGAAGCUCUGA